CUAAAACAGCAAAUACUUCAUCAUUUUAUUCGAAAUUUAUCUGGGAUUUGCAGUGUAGCUCAUCUAUAUUCAAUCUCAGUGCUUCUGGAUUGCCUCUAGCUAGUCUUAUAAAUCUUCCCUUUACCAUCUCUCUCUUUUGAUGUCUCUAAGUUUUGAAUUUUUUUUCUCAAGGUGUUAAUGCUUCAACAUGCAUAACUGCCAAAGUAAGAAACCUUUGCAUAUGGAAACGACUUGUGGCUCUCUUCUGUCUGAGAUGCAGAAAAUAUGGGAUGAGAUGGGAGAGCCAGAUAGCGAAAGGGAUAAGAUGUUGUUUGAACUUCAACAAGAGUGUCUUGAGGUAUAUAGAAGAAAAGUGAAUCAGGCAAGUCGUUGUCGGGCUCAACUGCAGCAAGCUGUUGUUGAUUCUGAAGCAGAACUUGCAAAAAUAUGUGCAGCACUAGGAGAACAAUCAUCAUAUGCUAGGCAGAGUUCCAGAAGUUUGAAGGAAGAGCUUGAGGCCAUUAAGCCUAACUUAGAGCAUAUGAAGAGGAGAAAAAGAGAGAGGAAGAACCAAUUUGCAUCUGUCGUCGAUCAGAUACAGUGUAUCUCGAAAGAGCUCUGUGCACACUUCCAAGAGAAUACACAAAUGAGUGUCAUUGAUGAGAAUAAUUUAUCUGUCAAAAGACUAGAAGAAAUGCAGAAUUAUUUGCUUGCUUUGCAAAAAGAGAAGAGUGACCGCCUGGAGCUGCUGGUUGACCACUUAACAACUAUCAAUUCGUUAUGUGUGGUGCUUGGGGUUGAUUACAAACAAACUAUUGCUGAGGUUGAUUCAACCAUGGAAGAUUGCCGUGUCUUAAAAAACAUAAGCAAAGAUAUGAUUGUUAAGUUGUCUGCUACAAUCAACAGAUUGGAAGAGCUCAAGAAACAAAGAUUGCUUAGGCUUCAAGUUCUUGCAACUGCCCUGAUAGAGCUGUGGAACUUGAUGGAUACAUCAUUAGAGGAGCAACAGAAAUUUCAUGACUUUACAAGGCACAUUGCAGCUUCAGAAAAUGAAAUAGAUGAGCCUAACGUUCUGUCAACCGAUAGUCUUCAACAUGCAGAGGCAGAAGUCUCGAGGUUGCAGGCAAUGAAAUCAACGAAAAUGAAAGAGGUUCUUCUGAGAAAGCGGCUGGAGUUGGAGGAAAUCUGUAGGAAGGCACAUUUGGUUACCGAAACACAAAAUUCAGUCGACUUUUCUGUUGAAACUAUAGAAUCUGGGGCAAUUGAUCCUUCAUAUCUGCUUGAGCAAAUUGAGGUCCAAAUUUUCAAGGUUAAAGAGGAGGCUUUUAGCAGGAGAGAUAUUCUUGAAAAGUUAGAGAAGUGGUUGGCUGCACGUGAUGAGGAGUGCUGGCUGGAGGAAUACAACAGGGAUGAAAAUCGUUACCAUGGUGGAAGAGGUACACAUCGUAAUCUAAAGCGAGCUGAGAAAGCACGAGUUCUUGUCAACAAAAUCCCUGCUAUGGUGGAGACAUUGAGAUUGAGAGCUAGAGCUUGGCAGAAAGAAAGACGACAUGAAUUCUUGUAUGAUGGUGUAGCCCUUGUUUCUAUGCUUGAGCAGUAUUGUGAUCUAAAGCGGGAGAGGGAGCUUGAGCAUCAGAGGCAGAGGAAGAAGCUGCAGGGUCAGUUGAUGGUGGAGCAAGAAGCACUUUUUGGGUCAAUACCUAGUCCUUCAAAGAGUGCAAAGAAGAAUAUUAGACCAUCAAUGGGAGGUUUGUCCAAUAGAAGACUUUCGCUCGGAGGAUCAAAACUUCAAACCCCAUAUGCUGGUAAAGCUGCACCAUCCUCUCGACUGCCUAGCUCGUUGAAACAACAAAAAACUCCCCAAAAUUCUCACCAAACUGGCAGGAGAGAGAGUUUCUUGGUACCAAAAAAGCAGUUGUCAUGCAAAGUAUCAAAUCCUCCGAGAACUGAAUCAGCACAGACAAGGAAGCCCCAUUUAAAUGCACCUAGAACUGAAUCAACACAGACAAGGAAGCCUCUCUCUCCCUUAUCGUCUUUGUUUUUAUCAAAUGCAAGCACCAUAAAUAUUCAGAAUCAGAACCUAAAGAGCGAGGAAGUCAAAGAAACACCGUCUUUGAAAAAAACUCCAGUGAUGACUCCAACCAAGAUUGCCUCUGCUGAAGGAAGACUGAAGGAAACAGUGUCUUUGAACAAAACUCCAAUUAUGACUCCAACCAAGAUUGCCUCUGCUGUUGAAGGAAGUAUUACCCCGAAAACAUUGCCCACUCCAAUGCCAGCAACUCCUUCCUCAGUUUCCACUGCAAUGCAGACAGCGAUAACCCCCUUCAGACGCUAUGUUUCUGCUUGUGCUGAUGAUAUUGAGUACUCAUUCGAGGAGAGACGAGCUGGUUACACUUAUAAUCCAUUAUCACAUACCAAGGUUAUUUCCAAAUGCUUGGUUUAGCAGUACUAGUAUCAGUGGAUUUUCUUGAUACUAGUAUGUAGUAAAAGCUUUCUAAACAUCUGGUUUUUGCCAAUGCCUUUUACUCUUUGCGUACGAUAGACUCAACGGUUCGACUCUUCCUCGAACCCUACACAUAGUGGGAGCUUUGUGCACCGAAAUGCUCUUUUUCUUUAAUCAUUUGUAUAGAUGCAUUGCAAGGCGGGAUAUGCUGUUUUCUUUGUUUUGGUGAUUUAGUGUUGUGAAUGAACUGAAGUUCUCAGUGUCCUCCAAUACCAAAUUAUAUGAGACUUUGCUUUUCCAAUGGUCAAA